AUGGAGGGGAUUAGAUCGGAGAGAAGUUCGGAGAAACUGCCGCCAUUGCAGGGGCCUGUGAUCCAGAGGACAAGAUUGCAGGUGUGGUUUAUUAGGGUUUGUUCUAGCAUACUAAUAUGGACGUGUUUGGUUCAACUGGUGGCAGUUGGGGAACUUUGGCAUCCUCGUUUGCUCACCGGGUAUUCGGGAUAUACAAAAAUGUCAGCUCGUCGAGAGGGAUCAUUGUUGACUUCUUAUCCACCGGCUAGGAACUACACAAGCAAAGGUUUUCUUAGAGUCACUUGCAAUGGCGGCUUGAAUCAAAUGCGCUCAGAGAUUUGUGACAUGGUCACGGUUGCUCGUCUUCUAAAUCUUACUUUGGUUGUUCCGGAGCUUGAUAAGGCGUCAUUUUGGGCCGACCCUAGCAAUUUUGAGGAUAUAUUUGACGUGGCACAUUUCAUAAAUUCAUUGAGAGAUGAAGUACGAAUUGUGAAGAGGUUACCUAAAAAAUUUAGCCGGCAGUAUGGAUAUCAACCCCUUGUGAUGCCACCUAUUAGCUGGUCAAAUGAGCAAUACUACUUGCAACAGAUCCUACCUCUCUUUGACAAGCACAAGGUCAUACACUUCAACCGAACAGAUUCUAGGUUGUCUAACAAUGGGAUCCCACUUGAGCUUCAGAAACUCAGAUGCCGUGUGAAUUUCCAGGCAUUAAAGUUCACGCCUGAGAUCGAGGAACUGGGUAACAAGUUGAUUCGCAUAAUCAGGCAAAAGGGAACCUAUUUAGCAUUGCAUUUAAGAUAUGAGAUGGAUAUGUUGGCUUUCUCGGGUUGCACUCAUGGCUGCACUGAGAAGGAAGCUGAGGAGCUUCGGCAGAUGAGGUUGUUUAAUGGUUCAUAA